GGAAAAUUAUUGUUAAUUGAAUAUAUAUGUAUUCUAAUUAAAACUGGUGCUUUUUGGACUCUUGAGUCUUGAUAAAGGAGAGAAUCCAGUUUAAUGUCAUGAGAAUGAUCGAUAACCCAUGUAGGAAGCUGAAUGUUAUCAAAUACAUGAUCUACAAGCCAGGUAGUGCAGCUACAAGAAACACCUGUAAAACAAUUGCAGUAAUUUUGGUAUAAGAAUAUCUCUGGUGCCCGCCAGCAGCGCACUGAAGGACAGCAAGUCAGCAAGAUUAUUCCCGGGAGGAUGGAUGUGUACUGGGCAUUGCCUAAAGUGCAAGUGGAUCGUCUGGAUGAAGAUGAAGAUGACAAUAGGCCGACAGAAGCAGCCGUUGUUAUUUACAACUGCCAGCCAUCUUCUAGUUUUCACUGUGAACUGCAACAAGAGAGUCAAGAAGAAAUUGGAGAUAGGAAGAAAGGGAGAAAGAAAGGGAAAAAGAAAGGGAGGAAGAAUAAAACUAAAAAGGUGAGUGAGGAAUCUGCAGCCUUACUGAGACAGCAGAAAAAUUCUAAAGAGAGAAGCAGAAUCAAGAGCAUUGGGCAGAAAUACAAUGAACUGAGAAGGAUUCUUGGCUUUGACCUUACUAAAAAACGGUAUUGCAAGCACAAAAUUCUUAAAGCUGCAAUAGAGUACAUUACAAAACUGCAGGAGCUACUAUGUGAUGAAACAAUCCACUCUAGUGAGAGCAGUAGCAGUAGUACUGAGUCCUCACCAGUUCAGUCUUGCCUCUUGCCUCCUGGCCCUCCUCAUCAUGCUAAUCCUGGGCUUAGCCCAGUCCCUUUUUCUUAUCAUAGAAUUGGAAGGUAUCCAUCCUUGUCUUCCCCUCCUCAUUUUCAACUAAUGGAGUUCUGUAAUAACAAUAAUAAUAAUGGAGGACGGAGGAAGAUGGAGUUCCCUUGCAAUCCUGGUGCCAUUAUGCCUCCUGCUGGAUCUCCAACAUUCCCUUUCUGUCACGUCUUAAUUAAUUAAGACUUUGUUUAUGUUUUUGGACUUUCAUUUAAUACUGAUGUAUGUCAGUUGCUUUUGUGUCAUUAAUGCUUUGUUUAUGUCUUUGGACUUUCAUUUAAUACUGAUGUAUAUAUAUGCGAGUUGCUUUUGUGCCACUAAUGUUUGAGUAGGCGGAUCAUGAUUCAUGAAUUAAUGGUCGGGCGUGGCUCAGUGGCUGAGGUGUUAGUGUACGUGUGUUUGUAUCUAUAUGGUCUAAGUGUUUCAUCUAAAACGUUUAAUGUGAAAUCAUGUGAAGUAAAAAGAGAGUAAAGCUGCUAAAGUAGCUAUAAAGAGAAAUAAUGGCUAGUGUACAAAA